GUUAAUUAUAUAUAUACAUUGUCUCACCUAAUCAAAUCUUUUUUUUUCUCUCUCUCUCUCUAUUAUUCAUACAAUAUGGAGAAAAAUUCUUGGGCCGAUCAAUGGGACAACAGCAAUCAAUCGUCGGGAAAAACAACGGACGGCGGAGGCGCGUCGGGGAAAUACAAAGAGAAAGUGGGGGCUGGAUUAGAGAAGACUAAAGCGGUUGCGAGUUCGGGGUUGAAGAAGGUGAAGAUAGGAACGUCUUUGGGUUUUAAUUGGGUUAAAGACAAGUAUACCAAAACCACCACUAAGAAUUGAUUCGUAUCUUUUCUUUUUUGGAAUUUACAUAUUUGUAUUCUUCUUCUUUUUUUGUAACAAUAAAAUAAUAUGUCUUGAUUUUUAUUUUCUUCUUAAUGAUCGGAGAUAGUUAAAGACUUGCAUUUUAAACAAAUAAAUUACAGGAAGAAGGACACAGACACGGUUAUCAAGACACUCCCCGCAACCAAGCUACCCGGCGCCGGUGAGGCCUUCGGCCGCCAGCGUCGGGACAAAAUCGAUCAAUCUCUCCUUCAGUUUUUCUCUGUUUUCUCUAGUGUAGCUCUGUUUAAAUUUUUUCCCCAAUUUGUUAUCUUUUUUAAUCCUCCCCAAACCCUAAUAAAAACUAUCUCUAAUCACACCAGCGAAAACCGUCUGUGUCCGCCGAUCUGCUACUCACUGGAGAGAACCUCUCCUCAAAGCUCGGACACCAACCGUACUCUCUCCUCACCGUGGUUAUUUCAAGCAGAACUAGGAUUCUCCCCAGUAGACCUAGGUUCCAUCGCCGACCCAAACCGAG